CUUCUGUCACUGGUGAGCAUCACCCAUUUCAUGGGCUGCACAGGCUUUAUGCUGAACUGAAAGUGAAAGUAUUAUAUUCUGUAUCACGACACAGGCUGUGCUGUGGGAUUAAGGAGUGUUUUUAAUGAAAAAUGUGGUUCUGAGACAAAUGUUAUUUAUUGACCUACUCUCUUAUUGUUAGAUUUUUCACUGAAGAUAUAAAGAAUUAAAAACAUCUAAAAUGGUUAUGUUGUCUCCAAAAACUAGAAUAAUACUUAAUAGUUUAUUUUAUGCAGUAAUGGUGUUUAUAUGUAACGCCUCUGCUGUAGAUUCUGCAUCUGUAAAUAGUGAGGAUUUAGACAGUGCUAGCAAUGUGUUCCCAUGGAAGAGCAUGAGGCUGCCAGACCAUGUAGUUCCACUGCACUAUGACCUUCUCCUCCAUCCUAAUCUAACAACUCUCACGUUUAGUGGCAUCACCAAAAUAACCAUCAGAGUGACCAAGCAAACAGGUUUUGUGAUCUUACAUAGUAAGAACCUGGAAAUCACAAAGACAAGGAUUGAAAGGAAACUUGGAAAUAACUUGGUGCCUCGAGAAUUAUUACUUCUUAAACAGCCUAUCCAUGAACAAAUUGCAUUGCUUUCUGCAGACCCACUAACUACUGGAGAGAAUUAUACAUUAUACAUAGAAUACAAUGCUAAUCUGUCAAACAGCUUCCGUGGCUUUUAUAAAAGCACUUAUAAGACCCAAGAUGGAGACAUACGAGUUCUUGCCUCCACACAGUUUGAGCCAACAGCUGCACGAAUGGCUUUUCCAUGCUUUGAUGAACCGGCAUUCAAAGCAAGUUACUCAAUUAAAAUCCGAAGAGAACCAAGGCAUCAUGCUUUGUCUAACAUGCCCAUAGUAAAGUCAGUUAAUAUUGGAGGAGGACUUAUUGAAGAUCAUUUUGACGUCAGUGUGAAAAUGAGCACAUAUCUAGUAGCCUUUAUUGUCUCUGACUUUAAAUCCAUCAGCCAAGUGACCUCACGUGGUGUUAAGAUUUCUGUUUAUACAGUUCCAGAGAAAAUUGACCAAGCUGCAUAUGCCUUAGAAGCUGCAGUAAAACUUCUAGAAUUUUAUGAGGCCUAUUUUAGCAUUCCAUAUCCUUUGCCAAAACAAGACCUAGCUGCUAUUCCUGACUUUCAGUCUGGUGCUAUGGAAAAUUGGGGCCUAACUACAUACAGAGAAUCUGCAUUGCUUUAUGAUCCUAAGCGAUCAUCUGCAUCCAGCAAACUUUGGGUUACUAUGGUUAUUGCUCAUGAGCUGGCUCACCAGUGGUUUGGAAACCUGGUGACUAUGUAUUGGUGGAAUGACCUAUGGCUUAAUGAAGGAUUUGCAAAGUUUAUGGAGUAUAUCUCUGUCCUCGAUACCUAUCCAGAACUACAAGUUGAAGACUACUUCUUAAACAAAUGCUUUGGGGCCAUGGAAAGCGAUUCAUUAAAUUCUUCUCAUGCUAUAUCAACACCUGUAGAAAACCCAGCUGAAAUACAAGAGAUGUUUGAUGAUGUCUCAUAUGAUAAGGGUUCCUGUAUUCUGAAUAUGCUGAGAGAUUACAUUGGUCCAGAGAGUUUUAGAGCUGGGAUUGUAAAAUAUUUGCGUCAUUACAGCUAUCGCAAUGCUAGAAAUGAAGACCUGUGGAACAGCAUGACCGAUAUUUGUCCGUCUGACAAAAAUGAAGCUGAAGAUCAUAAUGAAAAUCAGUUCUGCUCUAGAAAUAAGCAAACAAAUCAUUGGUCUGAAGGGGAUGUAAUUGAUGUGAAGUCAAUGAUGAAUACAUGGACCUUGCAGAAAGGUUUUCCAUUGGUUACAGUGACAGUAAAAGGGAAAUAUGUUUACCUGCAGCAAGAGCAUUAUCAGAAGGGCUCCAACACAUCAGAACCAUCUGGAUUAUUGUGGCAUAUUCCACUAACCUACGUUACAAGCAAAAGCAACCGUAUUCAAAGAUUUCUGCUGAAAACACAGAAAGAUGUCAUAGUCCUUCCAGAAGAAAUAAAAUGGAUUAAGUUUAAUCUGGGGAUGAACGGCUAUUACAUAGUACAUUAUGAAGGAGACGGGUGGGAUGCAUUGAUUAAGUUAUUAAAAGAAAACCACACAGCCAUUGGUGGCAAUGACAGAGCCAGUCUAAUCAAUAAUGCCUUUCAGCUUGUAAGCAUUGGACGUAUACCAAUAGACAAAGCUCUCAGUCUAACAUUGUACUUGAAACAAGAAAAUAAAAUUAUGCCAGUAUUUCAAGGGUUCCAUGAACUGGUUCCUAUGUACAAGUUAAUGGAAAAGAGAGACAUGAAGGAAGUUGAAAAUCAAACAAAGAGGUAUAUUCUAAAUCUUUUCCACAACCUCAUUGAUGCUCAGUCAUGGACAGAUGAAGGCACAGUCUCUGAGAGAAUGCUACGCAGCCACCUGCUUGUCUUUGCCUGUAUAAGGAAAUAUCAACCAUGUGUAGACAAAGCAGAGAAACUAUUUAAGGAAUGGCAAGAGUCUGGUGGAAGAAUCAGUUUACCAAGUGAUGUUGCAUUUGCUGUCUAUUCUGUUGGCGCUCAGAAAUCUGAAGGAUGGGACUUUCUGUUUGAGCAGUAUAAAAGGUCGUUGACAAGCAGCAUUAUGUACCAGAUUGAAGCGGCACUGACUCUUAGUUCAGACAAACAGAAACUGCAAAGGUUAAUGGAAGAAGCAUUAAUAGGGGAUCAUAUAAAAACUCAAGAGCUCCCGGGUAUCGUUGUCUCAGUGAGUAGGAAUCCAUAUGGCUACAAAUUGGCUUGGGAUUUUUUCAAGAAAAACUGGCAAGAGUUUGUACAGAAGUUUGAAUUGGGCUCACGUACGAUUGGGGACAUGCUACAGGGAGUUGUAAGAGACUAUUCUACUAGGGAACAGCUUAAACAGGUGACCGACUUUUUUGAUGCAUUGAGUGAUGGGUCCCAACUCCGAUGUGUUCAACAAGCAAGAGAAACUAUUGAAGAAAAUAUUCGCUGGAUGGAUAAAAACCUUGAGCUUGUUAAAAUGUGGCUGAAAAAUAAUAGUUAGAAUAGACAACGUUUAAAAAAAAGUUCUAUGUCACCUGAAGCUUUUGAGUAAGAAGUGACACAAAAUUGCACUAAGCUCUCAUGACGUGAAAAGUUAUUUGUUUUUUUUAUAGUUACUUUUGUUAAUUAAAUAAGCAAACACAAACCUAAUAAUAUAUUGAACGGAUGUUAUUUAAAUGCUUGGCUCUAAAAGACAGUGUUUUAAAAAUAUUAAUUUUCUUUAUGUCAAAAUAAAUGUUCCCAUAUUUUCGGAAACAUUUUUUGUCAUCCUGUUUGUGAAAGUCUGUUCCUGUCCACCAACAGAGUUAUGAAAGGUAUCCAGACUAGAUGCUUUGGUGUCACUUUAAGCAUAUUGCUCUUUCUAAGCCAACACUGUUUAAAGGGACAUGAAAACCCAUACCGUUUUAAAAAAUGUCCAAUUUACUUCUAUUAUGAAAUUUGCUUCAUUCCCAUGAUAUGUGCUGAAGAGAUACCUAGGUUGGCAUCUUGAGCACUGCAUGGCAGGAAAUGGUGCUGCCAUCUAGUGCUCUUGCAAAUGAAUAACAGUCUUGCAAAACUGCUGCCAAAUAGUGCUCCAGAGAUGGAUGGACUCCUAAGCUUACAUUCUACUUUUCAACAAAAGAUACCAAAUUGAUAAUGGAAGUAAAUUAGGAAGUUGUUUAAAAUGAAAUGUUCUGUCUGAAUCAUGACGGAACAUUGUUGGUUUUCAUAUCCAUUUAAUUUUAGAAGGUUGUAUGUGCUGUAUAAUAAAUAAGGGUCUAAGUAAGCUUUGUAACAGAACAAAGAGGACAGGCAUUAAAUAUUGAGAACAACAGUAUAUCCCCCUGUUCUAAAAUGUAAAAAUGUAUUUAAAAAAAAUCAGGAUGCAAUUAUCAUGCGAACACAACAUUGUUGUUUUAUUGAUAUAUCCUUUAAACAAACUAUUAACUUAAAACUGACGCAUAUGGAUCAAGACUACAAGGUUGUACCACUAUAAAACAAACUAUAGGUUUUACAUUUUGAAAACUUUGUAUGAAUAAGAUUUAUUUGAACUUUUGAGUAUUUUUUUUGUAUUUUUCAAAGAAGCAAAGCAUGGUUUUUAAAAUAGGUUUACAUCAAUAUCUGCAGAAUAAUGCACCCAAAGUAUAGAAUUGUACAAUUACGUGGGCAAAUACAUUGACAUCUUAUUCUUUCACAGGUGUAAUGUUAUUUACUGAUUUACUUUUUUCUCCUCUUUAAAGAGCUUAACAUCCAUAGAUUUCAAUGGAUACCUUAGAAUAAUUAAUAAAAUAAUCCUUAAACUGAAAUCUUACAAUUAAAUUGGGAUAUAAACAGCACACCUGAUGAUUUUCAGUUCUCAUACCCUUUGGUUUGUCUUCAGUGUUUAGUUUGUUUGGUUUUUUAUUUGCCAAUAUUUUAGUCCUGUUGUUAUUUGUGAGUUGUAGUAAAUGGCUGUGGUGUAUCUAAGCCUCUGCAGAUUGCCCCUUAUUUCAGUUCUUUUGACAGAUUUGCAUUUUAGCCAAUCAAUGCUGACUCCUAGGUAACCCCACAUGCGUGAGCAAAAAGUUAUCUAUAUGGCACACAUAAACUAAUGUACUUUAGUUGUGAAAAACUGUCAAAAUGCAUUCAGAUUAUAGGCGGCUAUCAAGGGCUAAGAAAUUAGCAUAUGAGCCUACCUAGGUUUAGCUUUCAGCUAAGAAUACCAAGAGAACAAAGCAAAAUUGAUGAUAAAAGUAAAUUGGAAAGAUGUUUAAAAUGACGUGCCCUAUCUGGAUUAUGAAAGUUUAUUUUUGACUAGACUGUCCCUUUAAGUUAUAGAAAACUGCAGAAACUACUUAAAGGGAUGGUAUAGUUUAUUUAUAAGCCCUUGAAGGCCACCUCUUAUCUCAAUGCAUUUGACAGUUCUUUACAUCUAGAGAGUGUUAAUGUGUGCCAUAUUGAUAGCAUUGUGCUUACACCCAUGUAGUUACUUAUGAGAGGGCAAUGACUGGCUAAAAUGCAAAUUAACUGAAAUAAGGGGGCAGUCUGCAGAGGCUUAGAUACAAGGUAAUCACAGAGGUGCAAAGUGUAUUACUAUUACAGAGCUGGUUAUGCAAAACUGGGGAAUGGGUAAUAAAGGGAUUAUCUAUCUUUUUAAUACAAUAAAAACUCUGGAGUAGACUGUCCCUUUAAGUAGGUUAGUAGUAAAAAGUUAGUAAUGAAUGUCUUGGGUCAUUAUUGUAUUAUUAAUAGCUUUAUGUUGCAGAUGGUAAUUUUUUUUUUUUUAAAGGAAAAACUCAAAAAAGUUAUCAAAGAAGCUGCUCUUCUUGCAUAUGUGUACGUCUACCUGUUCUUGGUUUUCUUUUACUUUUUGUGCCCUUUCAACGGUUGUGCCAAUCAUAGUUAUAACAUCUAAAAAAAAACAUAAAAAACCCACAGAUAUUUAUAUGUGAAUUAAAUAUUCAAUAUCUCCCAAUAGAAAAAAAUACUAAAAACCCCUUCUUUGAUUCAGUUUGUGAUCUUUCUUCUAUAAUAGUUACACUGGAUAUUCUACUGAUCAUGCAGUAGUCUACAAAUACACCAUUUUGGUCAGUUGCAGGGUGUCAAGCUUUUCUUGUUAAUAAAAAAAGUUUUUUUCUGUA